CGCCACUCGAUCGAACAAUAUGGCGGUCACUCCCUGCACGAAGCUCGGUGGUGGUCGGGAUAACUCGAUUCGUGUGCUCUGUGACUCGGCGCAUCAUGGCAUCGUCGUCGCGACCAAGUGCAACGUCAGCUCCGUUUCUCGACUCGUUGAUUCUUCCCAACGACACCAUGCUCAUCAGCCAAAAUGGAAACCUCCUCGGGCUGCCCACAUCUCCACACGGCCGUCGUCUGGCCCUUCGGUUCGACUCAGCCGGCAACGCCGAGUACCACGAAGUGAGCCGCACGGACGUGUUGAAAACCAUUCAAACCGCAGCUCGAAACAUUGUGCUCAAUCCUACCGGUGACGCCCCUGCGUCCCCCAAGACAAUCGCUGCCAGUGAUCGACGACAAUCCAGAUCGAGAACCCGCGCGCGCUUCAUUGUCGACGCGGCCGUGGAAAUCCCGGCUGUGCACAUGCGCGAUAUUCGCAAGUUGGACAAUGUGUUUUCCGCGUCCAACGAACCGUCGAUUACCGUACGACAGCAAGUGAUUUUGGUCAAUUGCGACCCUGUACGAGCCGUGAUCAUGCGAGAUUGCUGUUUGGUGUUUUUGCCGGACGGUGCCGACAGUUUGAUCAGCCACUUGAAGAAGAACUUUAAGCAGCACGUGGGGGAAGCCAUAGCAUUUGAAUUCGCCGCGUUGGAGGCAAUCUUAGCGACCAUUUGCCGCGUCUUUGCAAUGGAAUGCGAAAAGGUCAUUCCAUUGGGCCGAUCAGCAUUGGACAAAAUGACCAAGGACGACUCGAUGAUGGGGGAACUGGAAGGGCUCCGGUCGAUCAAAAAUGCCAUGAGCACGCUCGAAGCCCAAGUCGGAGGCAUGCGGCGACUGCUCAUGUCCCUCUUGGAAAACGAAGAAGAUCUGCACAUGAUGUACCUCACCAAGUUGCACAACGACCCCGGGUUGGUGCACGACUUGUUCAGUUACGACACGGAAGACGUCGAGUCAUUUUUGGAAGUGUACCUCCAAGAAAUUUACGGGUCCCAAACGCGCGUAGCGCUUAUGGCCAACAACAUCCUCAACACGGAGAGCAUCGUGAUGCUCAAACUCGACGCGAAGCGAAACUUUUUGUUGAGUGUCGACUUGAGUCUCACGCUUAUGGGCACGCUGCUGGCCAUGCCGACGUUUAUUGUGGGCGCGUUCGGGAUGAACCUCAACUCGUACAUCCAAGAGACGGACUACAUCUUCUGGAUCGUGUUUGCCGUGUGCAUCCAGUUUGUCCUGGUCGGGUACUACGUCGUGGUCCAGUUUUUGAAGCUCCAAGGCAUCAACAUGUCAUGGAAGUACUAGACGAAUGGCCAGCGAUAUCUUGGUUGGGGUUGGAAGGCAGAGAGUUAAGUUAUAAACACUAUUAUCG